CUGGAUACAUUGUCUCAACAGAAUGGGGACCGACUUAUCCAAGACCUAGAGAAAAGAAACAGAGGCAUUUCUUAUGCACCUCCAACUGAUGUCCUGACAGCAUUGGCAGAAAAGUCGGAGAGCGAUGCCCUGGAUCCAAUUGGUGAAGAGCCUGAUCUAUUGAGGAAUGCGCUCCCUCAAUUCAAACAUCUAGAAACAGAUCCCAAAAUCACUUCUUACUGGAAAAUGUACUGCUAUGCCAUGACUUUUUGGGCUCCACCGCCAUUACUAUCGUUUUUCGGUUUUAAAACGAAAGAACGACAAUACGCUUGGAGAGAGAAAAUUGCUCUGAUUUCUAUCAUUCUUUGCACUGGCUCCAUUAUUGCUUUUCUCACCUUUGGCUUUACAAGGACCACUUGCACGGGUCUCCGAAUGAGACUUAGACCCUCUGACAUUACCACCGGGUACCUGGUGAUUAAUGGGCGGGCUUACGCUCUAGACCAUUCAUCUCACCCGGCAGCAGUGGGAAUAGAGGCAGCUAGCAAUAUUCUGUACCCUCCAGUCAAUGCAGGGGGUAAGGACGCAACGUUUUUGUUCCAAAAUGUUAAUGGGAACUGCAAAGGACUGAUUGUUCCAAAGAAAAACUGCACCAUUCCACACACAGAUACCGAACUUGCAUGGUACAUGCCAUGCAAACUGCUAAACCUUGAUGGCUCCAGCAAACCUAAUUUCACUCAAACGCACUACAACGGAUAUGCGUGUCAUACCUCUGCAAAAUCGAGACAGAGCUUUUACAGACUAGACAUUCAAGGCGAUGUCUACUAUACAUGGGAAUCAAUAACAAAAGGCUCACGAAACCUUGUUGUCUACAAUGGAUAUGUUUUGGACAUGGGGCUUUUGGAUUGGUUGCAAAAAGAUGAUCUAGAUUAUCCAGAAUUAUUUGAUAAGCUAAAGAAUGAUCCAACCAUGAAAGGUCAUGACUUGUCUUUACUCCUAACUGAGCCACACGAGCGACAGGCUGCUAAUUGCUUGAUUGAAAUAUUGAAGGUUGGGGUUGUCGACGUUGACACCAUCGGCUGCAUCGCCGCUACGAUAGUUCUGUAUGUCUCUCUGGUAUUUGUUUUGUCAAUUGUCAUUGCAAAGUUCAUUGUGGCCUGCUAUUUCAAAUGGUGCGUGGCAAGGAAACAAGGAGCAUCAGUAACCGCCAUCAAUAAUUCUGCACAGCGAAAUACUUCUAUCGAAGAGUGGGUCGAAGAUCCCAACUCUACUGCUCCAAUCUCUACCGUUCCGAUCAAGCGAAGGGCCAACUAUUACGCAAAAGGGAUCAGAAGCAAGAAUUUAAACUUUUCUAGGGGAAAAGAUUCAUUAGGGCUCACUGAAAAUGAUUCAAAGCCUGUCUCAAUCCAGGAUUACCGUCCCAAAUAUCUUACAAUGACUACUGAGGCGUUUAUUCUCACCAGCCGCGCGAAAAAAGGCAAGAUGCACUCCAAAUUGACAUUCCAAGAGUGCUGGGGUGGAGACUCUUUGACCCAAAAAAGUCUAUUUCUGGGAACUGAAGAUAGCGACAUUCAUACAUUGGGACCUGAUUUGAUAGCGCCAGAUGCUAUUUGCCAGCCUCCUAUCAGCUGGGAGCCAUUUGGUUACCCUCUAGUUCAUACCAUGUGUCUGGUAACCUGCUAUUCCGAGGAUGAAGAAGGGAUAAGGACUACUUUAGACUCUCUGGCUACGACAGACUAUCCCAACUCGCACAAACUCAUUGUCGUGAUUUGCGAUGGAAUCAUCACUGGAGCAGGGAAUGAUCGAUCAACCCCAGAUAUUUGUUUAGAUCUAAUGACUGGCUUUGUUGUUCCGAAGGAAGAUGUCAAGCCUUACUCUUACGUGUCGGUCGCUCAAGGUUCGAAACGACAUAACAUGGCCAAAGUUUACUCUGGAUUCUAUAAAUACAAUGAUGCAACGGUACCUCCCGAAAAACAGCAGAAGAACCCUAUUUUGUUAGUUGUUAAGUGCGGAACACCUUCAGAGGCGAACAGCGCCAAACCUGGUAACCGCGGAAAGAGAGAUUCGCAAAUCAUACUGAUGUCUUUCCUCCAAAAGGUCACAUUCAACGAUCGAAUGACGGAGCUGGAGUUUGAGAUGAUGCGAGCCAUAUGGCAGGUCACCGGACUAAUGGCCAAUUGGUACGAAAUUGUAUUGAUGGUCGAUGCAGACACGCUCGUUUAUACCGACUCCCUUACCCACAUGAAUGCAGAAAUGGUCAAGAAUCCAGACGUCAUGGGACUAUGUGGAGAAACAAAGAUAUCCAACAAGACCCAGUCUUGGGUGACCGCAAUCCAAGUUUUUGAGUAUUACAUUUCUCAUCAUCAGUCCAAGGCAUUUGAGUCUGUUUUUGGUACUGUGACAUGUCUUCCUGGUUGCUUUUGCAUGUAUCGAAUCAAGACACCCAAGGAUUUGAAUGUAUGGGUUCCCAUCCUGGCUAAUUCCGAUAUCGUGGAGAAGUACUCCGAGAAUGUUCUUGACAGUCUUCACAAGAAAAAUCUUCUUUUACUGGGUGAAGACAGAUACUUGUCUUCGUUAAUGCUUCGCACAUUUCCCAGACGAAAGCAAGUGUUUGUUCCAAAAGCAGCAUGUAAAACCGUUGUUCCAGAAAAAUUCAGCGUUCUUCUCUCUCAGCGAAGAAGAUGGAUCAACUCGACGGUUCACAAUCUGAUGGAGUUGGUACUCGUGAAAGAUCUUUGUGGAACGUUCUGUUUCUCAAUGAAUUUCAUCAUCGCAGUGGAGCUCGUAGGAACCUUGGUUUUGCCUGCUUCCAUCACGUUCACACUUUAUAUCAUCGUCAUUUCCCUUGUUACCACACCAACCCCUGUGAUGUCUUUGAUCCUUAUGGCCAUUAUAUUUGGACUACCGGGGGUAUUAAUCAUUGUUACAAUUUCAGACUUGACAUACAUUUUGUGGAUGUUUGUGUACUUUUUGUCCCUACCCAUAUGGAACUUUGUGCUCCCUGCAUAUGCUUUCUGGAAAUUCGAUGACUUCAGUUGGGGAGAUACGAGAAAACUGCAAGGGGGUGACAAGGGAGCCCACGAUAACAAGAAUGGUGAAUUUGAUGGGUCAUCAAUUGUCCAAAUGACAUGGAGAGAUUAUGAGCGCGUCAGGUUAGGAUUGGGAGCCAAACACACCAUUCCCACGGUAUACAACCCUGCCAGCUUACAGAGUACCUUUCAAGAGCAAACUCCAUCAAAUUUCAUACUGGUUGAAGAUUCAACAUCUGACCUACCAGAAACAUCCCGUGAUCCAACCACCCAAACUUACUCGUCCUACAAAACUGCGCCUUCGAAUUCAUGA